ACGGGCAAAAUCGCACCGACGGGCAGCUUCGGCUUCAACGAAAACAACAAUCAGCUGUCAUCGAAGAGCCCGCGCUUCGGUACGCGCUGUUGUAAACACCAUUUUGUAAGCUCCUUUUUAAUCGUGUAAUUUGUGUAAAUAUCAGUUCAAACCCGCCAUGGAAAUUAUAAACCCGGGUCCGUCCUCACAUCAAACAACCGUUGCCGAUAAAAUACGUUCCAAAGAAGCUGCACGACGCUUCAAGUACGGCUCACCGAAGCUGGUGGAUCUGAUGCGUGAGAAAUGUCGUAUCCGCAUCAAAGAGGCACGCAACGAUCAGUUCCUGAGAAAGCGAAACAUCAUUCAGGAGGAGAAAACGUUUCUGGAAUCGAUUGUACGCGAGGAGCUGUCCGAGCUGGAACACGACAUUGAACUGCAGGAACUGAUCUACAAGGAGCUGAUGCAGGACACGGAACAGUGGUUGUUUUACGAACGGGCGGAAAACUAUCUCAUCGAUACGUACGAAACCGAUUCCGUGUUUUGUCCCAUAUGCGAACACAACGUACUGCAGCUGGACCAGAUUGCCCAACGGCUCAGCUGUGUCUGUGGCGUUUUGCUGCGUUACGACGGGUCUCUGGAAACGUUCAGUAAGCUUGCAACGGAAACGAUCGCCCAGCAUGCAACGCGCUGCACAAACAAACUCCAGUUUUUCACCGAGCCCAUCGUAGAUGCGGAUUACGUGCAGUUGAACGCUUUUUGUCUCGGUUGUGACUUUUACCGCGAUCUAACAAGUUAGAGACGGCGAUUGAAAACGUUUUGUUAUUUUUGUACGGUUUUAGCUUUUUAAAAUUUUGCCGCGUGUAUUGGUCUCUCUCUACGUUUUCAUAAGCCUAUUUGUAUUACUAUGACGCGUCUUGAAGGUGGUGAUUAAAUGUUCAAAAUAAAUGUGUUUGUGAUCUUUUAAACGCUAGA